AUGUGGAAGCGGCCGCUGCGCGACGUCGUGAUGCGCUGUCACGUGGGCAAUCUGCGCGUGUCGGGCGUCAUGGCACGCAACGUGGUGGCCGAAAUGGCGCAGCGGUGGCACCUGCUGCUGACGUCCCAAGGCACGACGCUCUGGGGCGAGUACAUGGCCGGCACGACUAUGGCGAGCGCCUUCUUCAAGAGCGAGGAGCGCGUCAAGGUGGUGGUCAAGACGUCGGCUAUCGAAGAGCUGUACGUCGAGGCCAUGGCCGCUGGAGAAGUCCGGGGCAAAGCUGUCUACCAAGACGCGUCUCGUGCUGCCGCGUUGCCUGAAGCAGGAGGAGUCAUGCGCGUCUCGAAGGUUCUCUACGGCGCAGCGACGCCGUACGACACAUCGGUUGAGGCAUGUGGAGUCCCAGAGCUGGACUGGCAGCGGUUCUUUGACGUGUCGGAGCAAGUCCCGACGAUCGUCCGCAUCGACAGCGAAGCUGACCAGGACCACACGCGCACGUGUGGGCUUAUUGUCCAGCAAAUGCCCCGCGCAGAAGCACACGAGCGCCACUACGAACUCGAGGAGCUGGCGUUCGACAAGCUCCCGUUUUUAGCGACGGAGCUCAGGCAGAACACCGACUUGCUCGCGUAUCUAAACGAACUGGUUCCAGGUGCUGAGAUCACGGACAAGCACUGCAAACUCGUGCCGCUGGAUUACUUCUGCCGCUGCUCGAAGGAGACGUACGCACAACGACUCGGAGCCAUGUGCGCCACGGAUCUACAGCACAUUGCGGCCGAAACAGGCGAUAAGGGUGUCGACCUCACUUGUCAUUUCUGCAACGACGUCCACCACUUUUCUGCUGGUGAGCUGGACAACCUGAUCAAGUCGUUGCCAUAA